AUGAGGAAACCAUCUGCGUCUUCUUCAUCAGCAUCGAUUACAAGAAAGACGCCGGAGGGGAUAAAGAGAGGGCCGUGGACGGCGGAGGAAGAUGAACUCUUGGCAACCUACAUCAAGAGAGAAGGCGAAGGUCGGUGGCGAACUCUGCCUUCGCGGGCCGGCUUGCAGAGGUGCGGCAAGAGCUGCCGACUCCGGUGGAUGAACUACCUGCGACCCUCUAUUAAACGGGGUCGUAUUGCUCCAGAUGAAGAAGAUCUCAUUAUUCGUCUCCAUCGCUUGCUGGGUAACAGGUGGUCUUUGAUAGCUGGAAGAAUUCCAGGCCGUACAGAUAAUGAGAUAAAAAAUUACUGGAACAUUCAUAUCAGCAAGAAGCUCAUUAGCCAAGGAAUAGAUCCAAGAACCCACAAGCCCAUCAACUUAAACCCUAAUCCUGAUUCACUGCAAAAUCCUCCACCAAAUUCUUUGAACCUGCAUGAAUUACCUGCGACACCCAUUCCUAGAAGAGUUGAUGAUCACGACCAGGACCGUUUAGAUUGUGAUAAGUUCUAUAAUCAGCAAAUGAUUGAUGGGGUACUUAUGGAGAAUCACUUUGAUGGUUUUAUGGUGGAUCCGUUACCAUCAAGCGGCCAUGGACACAACAAUAAUGACGAAGAUUAUAUACAAAACUCUAAUGAGGACACUUUUUCUGCAUUCUUGGACUCUUUGAUAAUUAAUAAUGAAAAUGCAUUUAUGAAUCUGGAACAGCAGCAGCCUGCUGGUAAUGCUUCUGCUGAAGACACCUUCUUUCAUGCCAACAUAUGGGAAGCUGAAGUUGAAUCUACAAUGGUUUCCUUGUUGAUAGAUGAAAAAACUCUUUGA